UACCUCUUCUUUUUGUUGGGCAGGUUACUAGAAUGAGAGAAGUCUUGAUAUCCUGCACUGCACAAAGUAAUCUACCCAAACCCUCAGAGGGGAUGGCUACACCCUGAAUAGAGAGCUCCCAUCUAGGGUUAAAAUUAGCAGCCAGUGAAAGCGGAUCAGGCAAAUGCUUUAAUUUCAGGUGUAUGUGCUCCUGGGUUUGCUGUAUUAUAUCUGAGAUGUCUGUGAGCUUGGCUAAGGUUCCCAGAUCAUAUUCCUUUUUAGCUGCAAGGAAAUGAAGAAGAGAGAAGACGAUGGAGGUACAAACUGGUGAUGGGCACCCAUGGGUUCUGAACCGAUGCCAGGAGGAGAUGGCAGGAACAAUAAGCCGUGCAGUGUUGUACAGAGCAGUCAGGAGACGCAGAGAAUGGAGCAAGAUUGAAAAGCAUGUUGACUUUGGUGCAGCUGGGAGGAACAUCCAGAGUUGACUCUGUAUCACUACAGAGAGCCGCAAUGGGAGUGUGCAGUUUUCUAUUGAAAAAUUCUCUCAAGAGCUCAUGAUUUUUUUCCAUCUCUCCUCUUAACAUUUCUACUACUCCGCAGACAUGGCUCACCACGCAAGGCCUUCCAGAUUAGCCAAAAAGGAAGAGAUAGGCAAAAGGAAAACUAACCAGGGCAAAAAGAAAUCUAGCCAAGUGAGAAAGAAAACUGCAAAGACUUCCACAAAAGCUGUUAGUUCUGGAAAAUGCAAGAAGCCAGCACAAGAAAAAGAUGUUAAGAAAAAACAGCAAGAAAAGAAACCAAUCAUGAGCUCUUCAGGUAGACUUCUCAGGAGCAGUGUCACCAGAACCUUGUCUGGAACACCGUGGGUGAGUUUGGAGAAAGCUGACAAUAUCCUCUUUCAUAACCAGGAUGCUUUCAACUUCAAUGGCUUUACAAUGUCUCUUCGUAACCGAUCAUUCUCCCGUAGAUUUUCCCAAGCUCCAAUAAUUGCAAAACCUAGGAAAGUUGCAGCACAAAAAAGGCUAGAAACAAAGGAAAAGCAUGAACAAGAAGCCUUGGCAGUAGAAGAAGAAAAAAAUGUAGAAGCGGGUGAAAAAGCGUUGGAACAGGAUUCAGCACAAAACACGGUAGCUCCUCUGCCUGUAGAGGAUGCUCCACACAGCGCAGACGAAGAGCCUGCUGCCACGUGUGCCGGUCAAGAGGAGGAGGUAGAAGUACCUGAAACAAGUGAUGCUGUUCCAAGCAGUCAGGUAACUGAUGGCGAUACUGAAGUGUUAGAGGUGGGAUCUCAGCAUGAAGACCUGCCCUGUGAGCAGAAGCCCGCUGAUCUCAAUGCAGAUAGUUCAGAUGAAGCAUUUGUUGAAGAUGCUGCACUUGUGCUUCCAUCUUCUGAUUCCAUAACUGCCUCUGAAUCAAACUCGAAGGAGCAUGUAGAGGUUCCCUUCGACCCGGUGCCUAAUAGUCAAGAACCUGACUCCGGUUCUGUUGAUACCUCAGACCUCAGUUCAGCAGCAGCUGAAGAGUCAGCCCCGCUUGCUGAACCGCACACUGAAACGGAGUCGGACCUGGUGCUAGCUAGUGAAGAACAUGACUCGAGUUCUGCACCCAUAGUUACCUCUGAGUUUAACUCACAAGAACAUUUAGAAGAUUCGAGCUCGCUCGCAGAGUCCUGCUUAAAGGCAGACUGGGAUUUAGAAUCAGAGAAUAAAGACCUUGUUUCAAAUUCCAACUCUUUAUCUGCCACUGAAUCAAAUUCACUUUUAUAUCUUGAAGGUGUAAGCUCGCCUGCAGAAUCCCCCAUGAAACUAGUUGUGGAUUUUGUACCCAUUCACAAAGAACUUGACUCAAAUUCAGAUUUGAGCUGUACCAGAGAGAUUUCAGAAUCUGACUCACAAAUCAUAUUUACAGCAUGUGAACCAGUUUCCGAUACCUCUUUAAGCAAUAUUGAAGUGGAGGAUAUUGAACAACUUGUUAAAUGUAUUGAUGCAGAGACAUUAAUUUUGAAUUCAGAUUAUGUCCCCGCUUUAUUGUCAGAUUUAGAAAAAAGCACAGUCAAUAAAAUCUCCAGUGAAAGCCCUGGACAAUUCUCUGAAGGUUUUGUUUCAGAGUUGCCUUCAAGCACGGAAAUCUCUGCUUUUGCCUCAGAAAAAGCCAUAAAUGCAGACUUGCCAGCUGACUCAAGACUGCAGCAUAAUGAUUAUUCAUCACAGCUGGGAAGUGUUGGAAUAAGCUUGAAUUUGGUUCAGGACAACGUGAGCGACAGUACUGAAGCUGUUGAGGCCUCAGGGCCAUCCUCUCGUACAAAUCCAGCUGGUGAUCACCCUGUUCCUUAUUCUACUCUGCUCCCUAUGUUAGAGAAAAAGAAACGAAGGCGUUGUGGAGUCUGUGAGCCCUGUCUGCGGAAAACAAAUUGUGAAGAAUGCAGCUGUUGCAGGAAACGCAAAACCAGUCACCGGAUAUGUAAAAAGAGAAAAUGUGAAGAACUGAAAAAGCCACCACCGCCGAUCACACUACCUCUUGAGGUGCUAACUGAAAACAAAAGGCCUCAGAGGAGGAAGCAAAGAGUUUUUAAGGCAAAUUUAGAAAACAAACCAGUAAAUGGCCGCAGACCAGAACUCAUGGAAUGCAGUAUAUGUGGUCAUGGUGAAAAAUACAGGGUGAAAACGAACCAAACACAACCCUUUGAAAAUGUACAGUCUAAGGAGAAAGAAAGAAUGACAGGCUUAGAAGCAGAGAAGUGGGCACAUAACGAGAAGCCAUCCUUUGGUGUCCAUGUCAACGGAGAUAUCCACGGAACUGUGACAGGCCAUGAACACUUGAAAAAUGCUGAAGGAAGUGAAAGAGCAGUCUCUCCCAGUCAGUUAGCUGAGCCAAAAAAAUCAUUUGCACAGACCAUCAAAAAUGGCAUAAAAACUUUACAUUAUUCACCACCAGAAGCAGUUGCUUCACUGAAAAAAGCAUCUGUAGAGGAAAGGACAGAUGUGACGAGCAACUCCCAUGCCCCAUGGACCAAGGCUACUAAUCUGAAUAACAUAGUAAACACUCUGGCGACGGGUGUUAGCUGUGUUCACCCAGACAAACACGGGAACCUUUUCAUGAAAGAGGAAAACUGCGCUUGCAGUGUCCUCCAGAAUUCUGACAAAUCGGUGUUGCCCGCUGGUUCCAUUUUGGAUCUGCGAGAAAGCUCGUGCUGUCCUCUGCUGCUUGAAGAGGGAGCACAUGUACAGAAGGAUGGCUUUAAAGUACCUAAUGCAGAGACACAGCAUGAGAACUCUUCACUCCAGCCAACUUUCUUGUCCCUGAUUAAAAACAGAAAUUUAACUGUAGAGCAGGUUGUAGCUAUUGAAGCUUUAACACAGUUAUCUGAAGCCCCUUUGGAAACAACUUCACCACCUAAAACUCAAAGUACUGAACGUACAGAAGAAACAACUUCCAACUUGCUCCACAGUUAUAAAAGGGAUAUUUCAUCCUCCUUCACAUCUUCUACAUUAAAAGAAAUCAAAGACACUUACUUGCAGAAUGAACAACAGCUCUUGGCUCACUGUGCUCACUCACAGAAGCAGCUCCCUAAUAAGGCUGUGUUAUACAAUGGCCAAAGUUCAAUUUCUGAGUCGCGCGAUAAACCCGUCAAUCUGGCUAGUGAGAUGUAUAAAUUACAGUUAUCCUCAAGAGAUACCAAAACUUUAUCUGAUUUAACAUGUAAUGCGAAAUCAUUUUCAGGACACGCUACCAAGAACUACGAUCCAGUCACCCUUGUGCGGUAUUGCAACGCUUCACAUAACGUCCAACACGCAGGUAACAACUUGGAUGCUCUUGGUCAGUUAGACCAAAAGCCAGCCUGUAACGAUUUGAGCUUGGAAACGAGUUCUUUGAUUAAAGAAGGAGGAAUUCACAGCCAGGAUGAAGAGGAUGUAGCUACACAACUAACUCAACUCGCAGCAUUAAUUGAAUCAAACCGGACAAAUCCAGAGCAGAAGAAUGACAUAAAGGCAUCGCUACUUAACCUAAUAUCACAUGAGAGGCAGCCAAAACAUAACCAAGAUCUGUUGCAGAGAAAGGAGUCUGUAUUUUUUAGGCAUAAUUAUAGUUCCUUACUGUUAAAGCAAAAACAAUCAUCAAAUAAAAAAGGCAAUGCUGUACCAUGGAAACCAAGACACAAAAAAAAGCCUCAAGAAGCACGCUAUCAGCAAAUUAAUCAAAACCAGCUAGAGUUGCUGUCAUGCCAACAUAGUGAGUUACAGGACAUGUGGAUAUCAUCAAAACUGCACAAGCUUGGUCAAACCGUGCCACAGGACUCCAGAAUAGCUCCAUCUGAAAAAAAAUCUCCAAGAACCAAAGUACAUAAAGCACUGAAUCAAAAUACUUUAGCAUCACAGGAAAAACCUCGGUUAUUUCUCCCACAAACACAGAUAAAAUUCCAUAGGUGCUUACCUGAGGUACCCCAGGAGAAAAAAAAAGACAGGUUGUUUGGCUCUGAAGUGAUGAAUGAGCAAAUCAAAACUGCAGGCUCCGGUGACCCACUAGGCGUCGAUCCACUGAAAGAUGAUGUUGCAUGUAACCAGUAUGGUCAUCUGCCCUCCCGUAAUCUUCUGGCUGUUUCACAGCUGAAAACAGCAUCCGUGUUGAACAGACCAAGUGAAAACAUACAGAUGUUUACAGAAAAAUGCAAUUCUCAGGUACAGCAAGCAGUGAAUGUCAGUCAGGCACAUCCUUUGCCUCAGACCUUUAAUCAGUCUAACCUGAGAGCUAAUGAAACGCGCAGCGAAGACAGAGCCUAUGUUCCGCAGGGUGCCGCCGAACAAGGGGAUGCAAAGGCGCAGGUGCUGCCUGGUCCCUGCAGUGGGGCUCCGGUGCCAGGUGCUGCGGAAGCUCUCAGGACGAUGGAGUGUGCAGGUGAAAUUACUGUUUUGACGUCAACGAGUUUGGGUGCUGACCACCCUCCGAGCACAGGGGACUCAGGGUGUUCUCCAGUAAAAAACACACUCAGCAGCUUUCUUGAAUCACCUAUGAAGUUUCUUGAUACUCCUACGAAAAAUCUAAUAGAUACGCCUACAAAAAAAGGACAAUCUGAAUUGCCAACUUGUGACUGUGUUGAGCAAAUUAUUGAGAAAGAUGAAGGCCCGUAUUACACCCACCUCGGGACAGGACCAAGUGUUGCUGCUGUGAGAGAAAUAAUGGAGAACAGGUAUGGAGCAAAAGGAAGCGCUGUAAGAAUAGAGGUAGUGGUUUAUACAGGAAAGGAAGGAAAAAGCUCUCAGGGGUGUCCGAUUGCCAAGUGGGUGAUACGAAGAAGUAGCGAUGAGGAAAAGUUGCUGUGCUUGGUACGUCAGCGUGCAGGACACCACUGUCAAACCGCCGUCAUAGUGAUUCUCAUACUGGCCUGGGAAGGGAUCCCUCAUCUCCUGGCAGACACGCUGUACAAAGAACUGACGCAGAGCCUCAGAAAAUACGGCUGUCCCACAAGCCGCAGAUGUGCAUUAAACGAAGAUCGUACUUGUGCAUGUCAAGGACUUGAUCCAGAAACUUGCGGAGCAUCAUUCUCAUUCGGCUGUUCAUGGAGUAUGUAUUUCAAUGGAUGUAAAUUUGCAAGAAGCAAAAACCCCAGGAAAUUUAGGCUUCUCACUGAUGACCCUAAACAAGAGGAACUUCUUGAAAAUAAUUUGCAAACUUUAGCUACUGAUGUGGCUCCGGUUUAUAAAAAGCUUGCUCCUGAAGCUUUCCAGAACCAGGUGGAAAAUGAACACAUGGGCCCAGACUGUCGGCUUGGAUCCAAGGACGGUAGGCCUUUCUCUGGUGUAACAGCUUGCAUAGAUUUCUGUGCCCAUGCCCAUAAGGAUACACAUAACAUGCACAAUGGAAGCACUGUGGUGUGUACAUUAACAAAGGAAGAUAACCGGAGAGUUGGGGUGAUUCCAAGUGAUGAACAGCUCCACGUGUUACCUCUCUACAAAAUCUCACAAACAGAUGAAUUCGGCACUGAGGAAGGAUUGGAAGCUAAGAUAAAAGCCGGAGCCAUACAGGUGCUCACAGCAUUUCCCAGAGAAGUACGAAUGUUAGCUGAGCCUCUUAGAGCUACAAAGAAAAAGAAACCUGACACAAGGAGGACCCCAACUGAAAAGCAGCCAUUAAUAGACAAAAAAUAUUCAACACCAGUAAAGCUGAAAACUGAAGCACCAGAAAAUCUGAGCAACACGUUGCAUUGUUUAGGGAACAAAACAGAUGCUUUAAAACCUGGAAUAAAAAUGGAGACUUCCGACCACCUCUAUGCCAUGAAACAUACUUCAAACACUACUAAAAAUUGCUCCUUAUUAAAACAGUAUACAGCUUCCCCCCCUUUCAAGGUGGAUAGUUUACAUCCUUAUUCAUCGUUAGCACAUAAGCCUGGCCUAACGGCAGUGACUAAUAUUCAACAAGAUUUUUCAGUUCCCUACGGGUAUUUUGAAUGCAGUAGUAAGCAACCUCACGUGACACCUUAUAUUAAUUGUAAGAACUUUGAUGUGUCGGUCAAAGAUUAUACUGGAAUUUUGCUGAAUGAUAAGAUGAAUGGUGUGCCACCAAUUCUUCCAGAGGUCACUGCUCCAGGCCCCCCAGCCCAUAAAGACCCCCUGCCCAGUAUACUUGAACAUCAGCCAGACAAGCAGAAUUGUCAGCCUCAGUUAGACAAUUCUCCUUCUUCGCAGAUGAUCAGCUCUUGCAAUUUGUCAGUACCGCAGAGCUCUCCAGCAAGGGACGCAGUUGGAAACGAAGCUGACUGUUCCCACGGGUGCCCAAUGGAGAAGGGUGGCUCCCUUCGAGAACAGAUGUGUGAUUUUGACUGUGCUGACGAAAAGCAAAACACUGCACUGGGACAACCAACUGAUUCUGAAGAAAAAGCUGAGGAACUGUGGUCAGACAGCGAGCACAAUUUUUUGGAUGAUGACAUUGGCGGUGUUGCUGUGGCACCUUCUCAUGGUUCUAUCUUAAUUGAAUGUGCAAGACGUGAACUCCAUGCUACCACACCUAUUAAAAAACCCAACCGCAAUCACCCCACACGGAUUUCCUUAGUUUUCUACCAACACAAAAAUUUAAAUGAGCCAAAACAUGGGUUAGCCAUGUGGGAAGCAAAGAUGGCUGAGAGGGCAAAAGAAAAAGAAAAAGAAGCAGAACGAUUAGGAACAGAGAAUACUGAACUGAACUCUAGCAGCAGGAAAACAAAGCAAACAAGUGAAAACAGAGAGAUUUUUUACGAAGACAAUGAGUUCAACCAAAUUCCAUCACGCAGAGCAUUAACAGUAACUAAAGAUAACGUAAUAACAGUAUCUUCUUAUGCCCUUACACGAGUUGCAGGGCCUUACAACCAUUGGGCAUAGGUUUUAGUAUCGAAUGCCUCCUCUUGGUGCAGCAUUACACAGUGUUUCUUUAAGGUGCUGUUAAAGAACAAGUCUCGUGUCGUUUACUAUUUGCUCAUCUCAACCAUUUUAAGGCUGAGGUAAAAAAAAAAAAUGUGGGGGGAUUUCUUCUUAAACUGUGACUUUAACAUUUGGUGGUGCUCAAGCACAUUUUAAGCAAAAAAAAAAAAAAAGUUGUAUAGUUUUAAUACAUUCUAAAAAAGAUUUUGUUUAGGUUAUUAACCUUGAUUGAAAUCAUUCAGUUUAUUACCUUUAGGAAUUUAUAUUUUGGUGCUUUAAAUCAAGUCUGUUUACUACAGAAAUCAUUUAUAGGGAUUUUAACAGGUUCACAUUUUAUGGUGUUAAAUCAAGUUAUUACAGUAGUAGCUCUACACAGCUCUUGGUGCUUAACCACAUCAAACAGUUAAAAUAAAUAAGCUGAAUUAUUACUUCAUGGUGCCAUUGCUUUAACAACUUCCAGCCAUUGCUAUAUAGUCCAAAUUACAGAUAAAUCUUUUAGAAAACCAAUGAUUUUUUUUUCUCUAGAUUUGUCAUUAUGUAUGAAAUGAAGUUAUUGGCAAUGAUGGCUGGAAGUUGUUUUUAAGCUGUAAAUAUAUAUUUUAAAAGCACUUUCUAUUUUUAAAAUUAACUUGAAAUAGUAUAGUAUAAGGAUCAUAUUGUCUAAGGUUUGUGCAUACUCUACAGAAGAAAUCAUUUUAUUCUUGCUGUGUAGAGUUCCAUAUUGUUACAGCUGCAGUAUGUAUGCUAAUAGCAUGUGAUUGUUUUUAGACUUGCCCUUUUUCAUGGAAGAUUUUGUUACAUAUAAACAACAGUUAUGAAAUAUGGAAACAUUUUAUUAUUUGAAAGAGAGUGUACAAACAUGAAAUUAGGAGACAUCAAUAUGUGUGUUGCUAUUGGGGAGUUAAGAUUUUUAUUUUUAUUUUUUAAAGGCAGCAUAUGUUAUGAUUUCUUUGAGCAAUAAGUGCAUAAGUCUCAUUCGUUUGGAGCAUUAUAAGUUAACAUGACAACCAAAUGUUCCUAAUGCCUCAGGGGUAGGAUUGUUUUGGGAUAAAAAAUACCCCCUAGAGUUGCCUUAUUCUAUUCUGAAACAAAAAAUAUUAAUUUGAGGAAAAUACAAAGGAAGUGUUGGAAAAGAAUGAAAUUUCUAACAUUUAACAGCAAAUUUUUCCUUAAGAAGAACCCAUCUAUAAGGUUCACCAGCUUUCUAAGUUCAGUUUUUUUACAAAAAUGCUUGGUAAAUUUUUAAGUGAUUUCUACAUUUCAUGUAGAAAGGGUUGUAUUCUUCCUUCCAAACAUAUGAAAUUUAUGUUCUCCAUUUUUGUUGAAAAAGUGACAUAUCAUGAAAUGAGUAUUCGCUGGACCAGAGGAAAAACAGACACUCCAUUGCUUUUAAAUGCUGUAGCAUCCCACUCUUCUUUCUGAUUCUCCUCUCCUAUGUAUUUCCUUUUUAACCUUAUUUAUUUAAACAAAUUACCAAAUGACAACGUUAGCUAAGGACUGACCUCAUCCUGCAACUUCCUCCAUGAGAACAGUUCUGCGUACCCAUACCUGCCCAGUCAGAGCCAGGAGCACCGCUCAAGCCAGGACUCCUGUCGUGACUGAGAGCUGCAGGAUCAGGCCCCAGAGACGAAGCUGUACCUUAAUUCUGCCUCGGAGUCCUCCCCGGCUGGGUAAUCCAUAGGCAUAACGAGGUUAGAGUUUUCCAGUGUGAAAAUAUACUAAUAAUAUACUUGAUAAUAUUAUAAUGUAGUGGUGCUGUAACAGAGGAAUAUGAAUUAUAUAGAUCUGCUUUAUUUAAAACCUAGACAAGGUGCUUUUUCCUUGAAAAGUUGAACUGUAAAUGCUCUAUCUACAGUUUUGGUACGAAAAGUACAUAAGUUGUAUUUUUAACAUAUAGUGCCAGUUAGGACCUUGGUGCUACAAAUACUUCAAUACGGCCGUUGAUCAAUGAGACUGUUCUCCUGUACAAAUGGAUACACACCUAGUGUUUGCGGGAGCAAGGUCUGAAAUAGCAAUCACUAUGUAAUGACCUUGGGUUCAAUUCCACAGAUUCCUGUCGAAAUUAACAAAAUUUUGAUGGCAGAGGAUGGCCGAAUUGAACCCAUUCUUUGUAUCUUACCUAUUUUAAGUAAAAUUUGUAAAAACCGGGUAUGCUGCAAAUCUUAGUUCAAAGCUUAAUAUUAGUUCAAAUAGAGGAUAUGAAGGGAUUGUAAAUAAUAAUAAAACAAAAACAAUAUUAUGCCAUCAUUUUGUACCAGCAGUUUUAUGCUUCUUGACUACGUAAUAUACAGUAUACAUCAAAUCAUUAUGGUAUUUUGUGUGCCUUAGAUUUCCAUUUUGAAACUUGUAUAUUUUUGGUGAGCCUAAGACUAGUAAGAACUCCAGCUGUCCAUACAGUAAGUAGUACUGUACGUUCUCUAGCUAUUCCAUUCAUGUAUUUGCUAUCUGAAAACCCUUGUCCAACACCACGAUUGAUCAGUUGCAGAAAAGAUGAGUUUAUUUGUUUCACUGACAGUGCUGAUAGCUUUGGGUUGUGUAAUACAAAUUGAAAAUAUCAUUCAGCACUCCCAUAUGAGUAACAAGUUUUCUACGCAAAGUAACGUUAGAGCCAUCUCUACCUUUAGAAAUGUUCAGAUCGUUACAGUGGAUCAGUUUCACUUGAAUCUUCCCCUGUAAAUGUCCAGAUUUUACUUCUGUGUGGCUAGAAACUUCAAGGUGAAAAUGUUCUAUUUAAAAACCAGCAGCUUCCCUCAAAGAAGUGAGAAACUAAAAGGUGGAUCUGAAAGGAUACCUCCAAACAUAGCCCCUGGCAAGUCACUGCUCCAGUGACUGCACCAGUAGACUUUCAGCAAGUCCAGGUCUACCUUAUUUGAAAAGGCAAUUUUAAGAGAAAAGUUUAUCUUAACAUAAGAGUAAUGCUAUUAACUGAUAGGUGCUAAAGCUCAGAGUUACUACUUUAUUAAGAUUACUUAUAUGAGAAAAUAUAUCGUCUAUACAAUAGGUGCUCUUUCCUUGGCUGUUCAUAACAUAACUACUUUCUCAAUGUGUAUCUAACAGGCAGGUAAGCUGGCCGCUUCUGGUUACUGCUGUGGCACACGGCAGGUUGUGAUUUGGGAAGCUAAUAUUUUCUAUUGCUGUACUGCGGUAUAGAAAAUACAACCUUUUACUGUUUUUACAACUGUGUGCUAUUUAUGGUAACAUUUCAGAAUAUUUAUCAGUCUUGUACACAAAUUAUGUGUUUUUUUUUUGAGUAAGGUUAUCAUUUUAUAACAGUAGUUGUCUCUUAAGAUUUGUACAUCUGUGGGUGUAUUGCUUUCCUUUGCAGCCCACGCCACCACUUGCGUAGUUUGCUUUUAUCCCUUAACAAAGGCCUUCGGGGAUGGCCAGAUCAGGAACUGGAUCCAAAGUUAAGGUAGCUGGCUACGUCAGACCCAUACAUUUUAUUUGGUUUCCAACAGCUGGCAUUGUACUCAGUGGAAAAAAAACAAAAUGGAUUCAGGUAUGGGUUGGUGGUGGGAUGUGGUUGUCUUUUGAUCCGUUUUCCCAGUUCUCUAGCAAAAACCGUCAUGACCCAACAUGGGACACCUUUGAUUUUCCAGAAGAGAUGUCUCUCACCCCUUUCUCCACUGGGUCCGGCACCACCGCUCCUCCUUCACGGUGAAGGAGGGAAAAUGUAGCGCCUUCUGCAGGAGCCAGUUCUGUGAGUCCCUGAGUCCCCCUUGGAGUUACUGCAGCUGUGCCCAAUUACAUACUGAAUUUUACUCAUAGAAUUUCUCCAUGUUACUGUUUCUAACAGGCUAUCUUACAGAAAGUAGCAAAAAUUGUUUCUAUAAAUAUUUUAGUCACAAGAUCCAAAAAGCUUUGAAAGAACUUACAAAUACUUGUGACCUUCUAGCUCUAACAGUUGUAUGCAGUUCUGUUUUUUGUAAGAACUUUCUAAGCUAACUCUUUUACUUAGGAAUAACUGCUGUUAAAAGUCUUUAUCUUACCUGACAGCACCUCUCUACACUUAUAACAGGAAAUAAUCAUAGUAUCUUAAGCAACGCUUCAUUGUAAGCAUGGGUAAAUGACACAUUCGUUAGUACUAAAGAUUAUUUGUAACAUACAACCAUUUGUGGUUUUUUUUAAAGAUGUUUUUAAUAUCAUAGCAGUAUUACACUAAAUUUGGUGGGUUAAAUUUGGGUCCUGUUUACAUUGCUGCAGCCCUGUUGACUGCAAUGUGCUCAUUUAUCAAGCUUUUAUGCAAUUUUCAUAUUUAACUGGAUGGUUAUGGAUACAGUUGACCAAAGCCCAUGCUGACUCAGACCCUUGCAACAAUACCACAAUUAAUAGUCUUGCAAGGACAUACACAGAAAGAUUUGGGAUCAAUGUACUUUUGGUUAAGUGCAGAGGUUUUAUUGUUUGUAGCACAAGAAGUGAUUAGUGGUGUGUAGAGAGACAUAAUACCUUCACGUCAAGUUUCAGGCAUACAAGCAGGUCUCCUUCAGACCUGAUUCAGGCUUAUGUCGACAGGGUUUUUUUUGUGAUUUUUUUUCUUAUUUGAUAGGUUGUUCAAUGACAGCUUUUAAUUGAAACAUGCUAACAAACUGCAUCUUCAUGACUUUAUAUUUAAAAUGUAAGGUUGAGUCUCGCCCUUUCACUUCCUAUGAAAUUUCUCUCUGUGAAAUUAGCUCAUUUAUCAAUCAGUCAUCAGCUUUAUAAUUUAUAACUAUAUGAUUAUGCCCUUUUUUUUCCCAUGGAAAUCCUGUAACUUUUAGUUCAUAGAAGUUCAUAGAAUCAUUAAGGUUGUAAAAGACCUUUAAGAUCAUCUGGUCCAACCAUCCCCCUACCACCAGUAUUACCCACUAAACCAUGUCCCUAAGCACCAGGUCCAACCUUUCCUUGAACACUCCCAGGGAUGGUGACACCACCACUUCCUGAGCAACCUGUUCCAAUGCCUGACUACUCUUUCUGAGAAGAAAUGUCUCCUUAUUUCUAACCUAUAGGAAAUAACCAUAUCUUCAGAUAUUACAAAAAGCUAAAUUGCAUGUCUACUUCACACCUUCUGUACGUAAGAGCAGUUGUAUACAAAGUAAGGUCUUUGUGACGUAUCUUCCAUAAAAUUGUUGGUGUUGUAUUUCUCAUGUGUGAAAAGCAUCUGUCCAGCCGUGCCUCAUGAAACUUUCUGUCAUCUGAUCUUAAAUAAUUAGUUAGAGACAAGGAACAGUCCAAUCACACGUAGAAAUACAGUCUGGCUUUCUUACUUUCAUCAGGUGGUGAUCUGACUUUCAGGAGAAAGUGCAGAGAAAUAUCUUUCUGUAAAAUUAAAUUGCAGAGAAAGUUUCCAUUGAUGAUUGUGACACCACAGUACUGCACUGCAAUGUCUGCGUUACAGCAUUGUUUCGAACCAGUAAGGAUGUGCCAUUGUGUCAUACAGCUGUGGAUACAUGUACAAAUUCAGCUGUUUCCACAGUUCCUCUGGGGACAGUAAUCUUUCCCUUGUUCUCUGCCUAAGUAUAUUCGCUUUUUUAAGGAACAACAAAACAAACAAAGAAGAGGGUGAGAGAGUUGGUCACUCUCUUUAAUAUGUGUAGACAGUCACAGGCAAAGCUGUGAAAGGUACAAUGGACUUCAGAAACAGCCUUCUCAUGUACAUGUGUUGUGGUUGCUAGGGUGCUUCUUUAUACUGACACUUUUUGGUGUAUGUAAUUUUAAACACAAAAACUUUUUAAAGUCCAUGAUACAUUUUUGUCCUUCUUUAAUUAAAUAGAGUGGCCAGUGUCAAAAGUCCUGAGGAUGUGGCUACUCAGUAGAACAGUACAGAAACUGGCUCUAGUUUCUUCUGGACUUCCCUGAUACUUAGUUUUCACAAGCUGUGUAAAUGGUGCUUCAGUAUGUUGCUGCAAAAAAUGUAGAGAUUUAUACUUGAGUUUUUUUUCAGAGAGCAAGGAGUUCUAAUCAUAGUAUCUGAUCAGGCAAGCACCAGUAUGCAUAUAGGUCACUUAUUUUUUCUAAAGUGUUUGAAAAUUGAUUUAAUAGUUAUUUUAUUAUUGCCCUGUUAAAACAUUUUUGGUCAUGUCAAAAAAGAGGAGUGAGCUAAAUUUUUUGCUUAAUAUUGUCCUUUACAUACUUGCUUCCUAAAUUAAGACAACUUAAUUCUCAACAUGCUGCUGUGUUAUCUCUCUGAAGAACAUUAGAUUUGACUAGUGUCGAUGAGUAGGUGUUGCUUUCUGCUCUGUACAGAUGACACCAAAUACUACAGGCAGCUUUCUCAUUCCUUAGUCUCCUUGUGGAUCAUCUGUUGUGGUUAGCUGUUUUCACACUCGGCACUAGAUCGCAUUCUCACCUUCUGCUGAAUGCUUUAAACACUUACAACUGCUCCAGAAGUUCUUCCUGUCUCUCUGCAGAUCUACUUCAGUGCUCAGCAGUAGGAGUAGAGAUGUCAGCCUGCUCGUGAACACGCCCCACAGCUGUCGCUACUUUCUAUGUAGAUCAGCCAGUCUUCAUCAUCUCAGGAAUAUCAUAUGAAUUUAUUCUCUUUGUGAUUGUCCCAAAAUCUGUUUCUUUGUCACCUCUUAUUCUAUAUAAGGCAGUUCUCAUUUUUUCAUUCUUUCUUUCUCUCUCUUUUUUUUUUGAAUUCAUGUUCUCUCAUAUGGAACCCAUAAUAUUGGAUAUUUUUUCAUUUCAAGAAAGAAGGACAUUUCAUUAUCUUUCUUCAUCAGUAUUUUCUUACUUUUUAAAAUAUUUUUUUCCAGUUAACUCUCAGAUCUCUUGCUGUAGUUGUUACACUCUGUUCUUCUGUCUGCAAGUAGCUGAACAAAAGACCCUUUGCUCACAGUUGAAGACUCCUGUUGCUAGCAUCUCUGUGGAGUGCCUUCUUUUCUUUUGAGUUACUCUACCAGCUCUGCUCAGAUUUUGACAUGACAGAUGCUGCAGACCCUGCAUAAUUACAAGAGCAGGAGUAUUUCUUUACAUCUUCUGGUUAUAUUCCCGUGCAGAGAUCAGUUCUCAUCCUUGUGAGAAACCUUAGUGUUGUGUAAGUUCAUGCCUUAACUGACAGGACUGCUUGGAAAAAAAGAGGAACAAUGGAUUUUUUGGGUUCUUCCUCUGUAGCAGCAAGUGGAACUGAUUAAGCUUGAGCAGAAAAUAAUAGUAAUUGCCUUUUAUAAAAGGGUACAGGAGCGUUGGCAUUGUUUUUUCUCUUUCUGAGACGCAAAGACUUUAGGAUCCUUUUUCCAAUCCAGUUCCCCAGUUCACCCCAACAUUGUUUACAGUGCUUAACCACAUACUUGUAACUUCAGCUUUUAAAGAUAUAAGAUGCUUCUUGAUGCUGUAUCCUGAAUUCUUCUACAACAGCAACUUCUCUUUUCUACUGGACCAUUAUAUAUGCCAUUUUCCACACGUAGUUAUAUUAAAAUGCUAGAAUCUUCCAACAGUGUACUUGCAGUGAAUGCAAGACUGGGGUGCUAAAUAACUUACGUGAAGGUGACUUGCUCUGUUUGGUGUGACAGUGCUGUUUUUAACACUUUGCACACCCUACCAGCUUUCCUCAUAAAAUGAGAGGACACAGGUUGUAGACCUCAAAAAACUACAUGUGUAAGAAGGAGGAGAGAUUUGUCAGCUAACCUACAGAGAGUUACCAGUUACAGCAGAUGAACUGUAUUCCAAAGAAGUGCUGUUGCAGUGGAGCAAGGGAACUGCUAGUUUGAUGUUCGGUAUUGCAGUUGUUGCGACAGAACAUUUUAAUGCUGUUGUGGAAAGUUUUGUGAUCUGAUCAAUAUUUUACAUGUAUGUCUGUAUUUUUAUUAUAUUGUAAUGGAAAAGGGUCUAGGGUUUGGGAAUCUUCUUAAAGUAAGAAUGAAGGCCCUGAUUCUCAUUUAUACUGAUGUCCUUUGCAUCCCAUUAGAAGGAUAAAGGGGCUGUAAAUGGAUGCCCACUGAGCUUACAUCGUUUGGAGCAUCCCAUUAUACUGAUAACAGUAUGAAAGAUCAUUAGUAUAAAUUACAAUUCUUACCAAAGGACUGAUGUGUACAAUGAUAACCCUAUUUUGCGCAUACUGGCCAGUAACACCUAGAUUGUUCUUAGCUUAGAAAUACAGAUUGAAAAGAAAUUCCUCCACCUUGUUUUGUAACCGGCUUUAAGUAUUCAUUUCUAUUGGCUGUCCUUUUCCCAACCUUGUCUACAAGGAGAAUGUGGUAGAUUUGUACCUCAAGAUAAUGACCUGGCCAGAAAUCUCAUGGAGUUGUCAGUAACGCUGUUUCUAAACAUAGGUGGUUAUUCUUAAAAUAUUUCCUUGCUUUUAUCAUUACUUGAACCCUUUUACUUGAUUGCAUAAAAUGGGGUUGUGAGAAUCUACUGAACUCCAUUCAGCAUUGCCACACUGGGGUAGGUUUUGAGAGACAAAGCUAAAAGCCAACAUUUUCUGACCGCCCUGACCGUGGUGAUACUCAGCAGUGAAACUGCUGGCACUGCCCUGCAUGCUUGAGUCAUGCAAAGCUUCCCUCGCUGCCUAUGGAAGCUUUUUGUAAACAUCAAGUGCCGCCCCCCAUACCCUCACAACAUUGCAGUUAAAUGUUUGUCUUUCAAAAAGAUUUGAGGAAAAAAUUGUUGUAUUUUCAUUCUUAAAUUUCUGAAGUGCAAUGAUACUGCAGAACCUAAGGAGAACUGGUUUCAUACGAGCUUUGUGAAUGCCAGACUGUAAUCCAUGCAACGCAAAAAGCAGUGUCUGAACUUCAUGAAUCUCUUGUCCUCAAAAUUAAAAAUAACUGAAGGCAAGAAAAGCAAAUCCAAUAUCCCAAUACAACUAAAAGAAAUCCAGUUCUAACCAACACAAAAACUUAAGACAUUUCAGUCUUUAACAAUUAAUUAUUCUAAAAUAAUUUGCUCAGUUUAAAAGAGACAGCUCCUCAUAAUGUGACAGUAUUGUACCAGGUCAUAAAUGCUGUUCAAAAUUUGCUAUCGUAAAAACAUAAAAUUUUAAGGACAUGCUGUACUAAAAUGAUACGGCUAAUGAAUUCUUUCCUACUUUAAAAAAAGAUAGACAGUAUGCCAAAAAAAGGCUAUUUUCUUUCUUUACUUCUCUUUCUUCCUAUCUCUUUCCUUGUUUAUCUUUCUUUCUUUGGGAUGCAUUUGAUAUUUAUUUUUCAACGUUGAGGUUUUGGAUUAUUUCCAGUUACCAACCUACUGUAUUUAGAUCUGAAACAUAACUUUAAAAAAAAAAAAAAACAAAAGAUGAUGUACAGGGAGAAAAAAAUCGGAAAGAAAAAGCACUUCAUUAUGUCACAGUAUUUACAGGAGAAAGUAUAAAAAUUACUUCUUUUCUCAAAAAAUAUUUGGGGCCUAAUUCUUUCCUAGUAUAACUGAGCAUAGCUUCAUGAGAUUGGUGGAGCUAUGAGGAGUUGGACUAGCUGAGAAACUGAACCUUAAAAUCUUCUUUGCAGACAAGGGAACCCUUACCAGCAGUACUUGAAGACUUGUGAGUUGUGACUGCAUGUUACUUGAAAGAUCUAAUUAAGCUAUGUUUUUUGGUGCAAGCAGUUGUUGUACAUGAUUUCAUGUUUAUGUAGCAAGAUGCAUUGAAAUGUUGAUACUAGUAUUGAAACAUACAUGUAAAAAUUGUUGUUGUGGAAAUUGUCUGUUCUGUUCUAUUUUUCUUGUGUGUCUCAUCUGUUUAGAACGUAAACUUUCAUUUUUUUAUUGUCCUAACUGAAUAAGGCUAAAUGAAUACUGUAAUUGAAAAUAUAUUUUAAAUCUUGUCAUGAGUUUUUAAAAAGACUAUUACAAAUUGUAUCAUUCCUGAUUACACAGAACUUUGUGGGUGGUUUUAAAUAAAUUUUAUACUUCUA